AUGGCUUGUGGUCCCAAGAAGCAUCUGAAGAGUGUAGCAGUUCCAAAGCAUUGGAUGUUGGAUAAACUGACCGGUAUGUUUGCCCCUCACCCAUCUACCGGUCCCCAUAAGCUGAGAGAGUGUUUCCCUCUCAUCAUUUUCCUAAAGCACAGAUUUAAGUAUGCUCUAACAGGGAAUGAAUUAAAGGAGAUCUAUUUGCAGUGUUUGAUUAAGAUUGAUGGCAAGGUCCAAACCGAUACAACCCACCUUGCUGGUUUUAUGGAUGUCAUCAGCAAUGACAACACUGGGGAGAAUUUCCCUCUGAUGGAUGACACCAAGGGUCACUUUGCUGUUCAUUGGAUUACACCUGACAAGUCCAAGUCUAAGUUGUACAAAGUGAGAAAUACCUUUGUGGGGACAAAAAGAAUCCCUCAUCUGGUGACUCAUGUUGCUCGUGCCAUCCGCUGUCUUGAUCCCCUCAUCCAGGUGAAUGACACCAUUCAUAUUGAUUUGGAGACAGGAAAGAUUACUGAUUUCAUAAAGUUUGAUACUGGUAAUCUGCGUAUGGUAAGCAGACAUGCUAACCUGGGAAGAAUCGAUGUGAUCAUCAGCAGAGAGAAACAUCCUGGUCCUUUUGAUGUAAUUCACAUGAAAGAUGCCAAUGGCAACAGCUUUGCCACCUAG